AGUGGUCUUGACGUCUAUGCUCAUAAUGUGGAGACUGUUGAACGACUAACACCAUGGGUUCGAGAUCCAAGAGCGAAGUAUCACCAAUCCCUUGCAGCACUGAAACGGGCUAAAACAACAAAUCCUAAACUUAUCACGAAAACAUCAAUAAUGCUUGGUCUUGGCGAGCAAGACGAUGAGGUUCGACAGUGUUUAGCUGAUUUACGAAGUAAUGACGUAGAUGUGGUCACAUUUGGCCAAUACAUGCAACCAACCAAGCGGCAUUUACUAGUGAAGGAAUGGGUAACUCCUCAAAAGUUUGAUGAAUGGGGACGCAUUGCCCGGGAGAUGGGAUUCCUGUACGUCGCAUCUGGUCCAUUAGUACGAUCAUCAUAUAAAGCGGGUGAAUACUACUUGAAGAAUGUACUGCGAAAGAGGAACGAACCUGAGAAAGUACAACAAGAGGCGUAG